UAAAUUUGCUCUCCUCCUAAUAACCCAACCCCCCAACCCCAACUUGUUCUGGUACCCCCCACGCAUCCGGCUUCCACCACCCAAAAUGGCUCUUUGCAACACCAACUCACUCCUCCCCACUAAAUCCUUCCAAAUCCAAGCUCUUCCACCACCACUCAUAUCUUUUCCGACCACCAUCUCCGCCGUCCAUUCCCCUGACCCAUCCAACAAAUCAUCGUCAUCUUCUUCAAAACCAUCCUCACCUGCCACAGCAGCCACCGUCUCCACCUCCACCCCCAAACUCUCAACAACAUCAACCCCAAAAUGGACCAUAGACAGCUGGAAAUCCAAAAAGGCUCUUCAACUACCGGAAUACCCAGAUCAAAACGACCUGGAAUCAGUGCUCCAAACUCUAGAAGCCUUCCCACCAAUCGUAUUCGCCGGAGAAGCACGCCGCCUUGAGGAACGACUCGGUGAGGCCGCAAUGGGGAAUGCGUUUCUGUUGCAGGGUGGCGAUUGUGCCGAGAGUUUCAAGGAGUUCAAUGCGAAUAACAUUCGUGAUACUUUCAGAGUGAUUCUUCAAAUGGGUGUCGUGUUGAUGUUCGGAGGUCAAAUGCCGGUUAUCAAGGUAGGAAGAAUGGCUGGUCAAUUUGCUAAGCCUCGAUCGGACUCUUUCGAAGAGAAAGAUGGUGUGAAGCUACCAAGUUACCGAGGGGAUAAUGUGAAUGGUGAUGCAUUCGAUCUGAAAUCAAGGACACCGGACCCUCAAAGAUUGAUUAGAGCAUACUGCCAAUCGGCAGCCACUCUUAACCUUUUGAGGGCAUUUGCCACUGGAGGGUACGCAGCUAUGCAAAGAGUGACCCAAUGGAAUCUUGAUUUCACGGAGGACAGUGAGCAGGGUGAUCGGUAUCGUGAGCUAGCCAGCCAAGUUGACGAGGCUCUAGGCUUCAUGUCAGCCGCUGGUCUUACAGUUGAUCAUCCCAUUAUGACCAUCACCGAUUUCUGGACAUCCCACGAGUGCUUGCACUUGCCUUAUGAGCAAUCUCUUACUCGAAAAGAUUCAACUUCCGGCUUAUACUAUGAUUGUUCGGCUCAUUUCCUUUGGGUGGGUGAGCGAACACGACAAUUGGAUGGUGCCCAUGUGGAAUUCCUCAGAGGAAUCGCAAACCCUCUUGGAAUUAAGGUGAGCGACAAAAUGGACCCAAACGAGUUGGUCAAACUCAUCGACAUCUUGAAUCCCGAUAACAAAUCCGGAAGGGUUACGAUCAUAACAAGAAUGGGAGCAGAGAACAUGAGAGUGAAGCUUCCUCAUCUUAUUAGAGCGGUUCGAAGAGCCGGUCAAAUUGUCACUUGGGUCACCGAUCCUAUGCACGGCAACACCAUUAAGGCUCCAAAUGGUUUAAAAACUCGACCCUUUGAUGCUAUUCGGGCGGAAGUGAGAGCGUUCUUUGAUGUUCAUGAGCAAGAAGGAAGUCACCCAGGCGGGGUUCAUCUCGAAAUGACGGGGCAAAACGUGACCGAGUGCAUCGGUGGAUCGAGAACCGUGACCUUUGAUGAUCUCGGGUCUCGCUACCACACCCAUUGUGACCCAAGGCUCAAUGCAUCCCAAGCACUCGAGCUGGCCUUCAUCAUCGCCGAGCGCCUAAGAAAGCGGAGAAUUGCAGCUCGGUCGAUUAAUUAAGCUUUAAAUUGACCUAUAUUUGUUAUGCUUUGAUAAUAAAUUACAUGAGCUUGAUUUAAUAAUCGUCAUUUGUAUUGUACGUGGAUACUCAAAUCUAUGGUUUUAAAUAUAUAAAUUAAAAUUUGUAAAA